AUGCAAAAGGUGAUGACUUCCCUGCAAGAUGUGAACCCCAGAGUGAGAGGGAUCAGAGUCUCAUCUCAAAGUGCGCUGCAGAGUCUGGCUGAGAAAACCACCAGAGAAAUCACGCAGGGGGUGCCAAAACCCUUCAAGAAGGUGAUUGACGUCAGUUCAGGUGAUCCCCAGAGAGCAGGAAUGAAACCCAACUCAUUUGUUCGCCAGGUCCUGGCUGUGUGCUUGUGCCCUAAACUGCUGAGAGAAGAAGGUCUUCCUCUGGACGUCAGGCUAAGAGCUCAGAGGCUCCUCGAGGCUUGUGAUGGUGAAAGCGUGGGUUCCUACACUGCCUCCUCUGGGCUGCCUCACAUCAGACAAACCAUCGCUGAGUUCAUCAUGAAACGAGAUGAAGGUGUUCCUGCCUAUGCCGAGAACAUUUUUAUCUCCUCUGGUGCUCAGAGAGCACUGAUGGUGAUUGUAAAGCUGCUGUCCGAAGGGGAGGGGCAGCCCCAGACCGGCUUGUUGAUCCCUCAGCCCUGCCCACACACGCUGCUCCCUCUGCUGGACGAGGCAGGGGUGAUGGCGGCGCCCUACCGGCUGGUGGAGGAGAAAAGCUGGGCUGUUGAUCUGAGUGAGUUGCACCGAGCUUCAACAACCUCUAGAGGGCACUGUACGUUAAGAGCAAUUUACAUCAGCAACCCAGGAAACCCCACAGGACAUCUGCAGGACAGGAAGUCAAUAGAGGAAGUGAUUGAAUUUGCAGCAGCUGAGAGACUCCUGCUGCUGGUUGAUGAGGUUUACCAGGACAGUGUUUAUGCACCAAACAGAGAGUUUAUUUCAUACAAGAAGGUUCUGUUUGAGAUGGACAAUCAUCUGAGAGAAACGGUCGAGAUGGUGUCCUUCAACUCUCUAUCCUGCGCUUGUGUGGCAGAGUGUGGCCUCAGAGCGGGAUACAUGGAGGUGAUCAACAUGGACUCGGGGGUGAUGCAUUUCGUAGAUACCAUGCUCUGCACUGACAUCAACGCUCCAGUCACAGGACAGCUUGCACUGGAUCUUAUGCUCAGCCCACCCAAACCAGGGGAUCCUUCAUAUAACACAUUUGCUGAGGAGACUCUCCUGACUCGAGCCACUCUGGCCCAAAAUGCUCAGCAGACUCUAAAGCUGCUGAAUGAUCUACCAGGAAUGAGCUGCUGGCCGGCGAUGGGAGGAAUCUACCUUUACCCACGACUGAAUCUACCAGCUGAGAUCAGGGAGCAAGCCAAUAUGCUGGGGUUGGAAGCAGAUGUGCUGUACUGCCAGAUGUUACUACAGGAGGAAGGUUUGAUCUUGGGUGCAGGCCAACAUGGUGGAACAACUGGCAGCCAUCAUCUCAGAUUAUGUGUUCUGGUUCCUCCUGACACCCUGGAGGAGGUUCUCUCCCGCAUUUCUUCCUUCCACCUUCGCCUCACUGACAGAGAACAUAAUGGAAGUUACAGAAAGACAAAGUCGAGAAGCAAUAUGCUGUCAUCAGCCGAGGAAAUAGGCCAAAGCUACAUUUGACAGCUGUCCAAUGUUAAUUUCUACUUUAUGUAUUUCAACAUAUUGUCAUUAAAAUCAUACAUUUCUUUGUUUAGCAACAUGCUAGUGUUUAAAUCUGAAAGCACCCAGAGUUGUGGUUCUGGUGGGACUGCUUUUGCAACAAUAGACCAAAUAAAAAAAUAAAACUUUGAUGGAGAUAAAUAAGAGAAGCACCAUACAAUCAGUGUC